AUGUCCUGCCAGCAGAGCCGGCAACAGUGCCAGCCCCCUCCCAAGUGCCCUGCCCCAAAGUGUCCCCCAAAGUGUCCUCCUAAGUGUCCUCCCGUCUCUUCCUGCUGCAGUGUGAGCGCUGGGGGUUGCUGUGGCUCCAGCUCCGGGGGCAGCUAUAGCUCUGGGGGUGGCAGCUGCUGUGGCUCCAGCUCCGGGAACUGCUGUAGCUCUGGGGGUGGCGGCUGCUACCUGAGCCACCACAGGCGUCGCCACAGGUCCCACCGCUGCAAACCCCAGAGCUCUGACUGCUGCAGCCAACCCUCGGGGGGCACCAGCUGCUGUGGCCAGCACUCUGGAGGCUGCUGCUGA